UUUGAGAUUUGGGUUUUUUUAUUUAUUUGAUUAAUUUUGGGGGUUUCUGGAUUGUGGUUGUGUUCGGUGUAAUAUGCAGAGUGUUGAGUAUUGAUAUUGCAAUGAAUGAUAUGGGGGAGUGUAAAUUCUGGUUUUUUUCGAGAUAGGAGUAAAAGUGUUUUUUGUGGGGGGGGGUUUGUAAAUUAUUGUGGAUGGUGUAUGAAUCUGUUUGUUGAGAAAUGCAACCUCAGCAGUUGUCGAGGAUCGAUUUGGGUGAUCUGAGAGCUCAGUUAGUGAAGAGGAUCGGUCCUGAGAAGUCGAAGAAGUACUUUUUGUACUUGAAUAAGUUGUUGAGUCAGAAGCUGAGCAAGAAAGAGUUUGAUAAGUUGUGCCACCGGGUGUUAGGGAGUGAGAACUUGGCGCUGCAUAAUCAUUUUAUUCUGUCAAUCUUGAAGAAUGCAUGCCAAGCCAAGAUCCCGCCACCAGUUCACUCAUCAGGUCCUGCAAAACCUGGGGUGCAAGCUGCAAACAGUUCUCCAAGUAGAGAGGAUGGGCACGAACAAAGUGGGAGCCUUUUCCCGAAUCAGAAUCAAAAUGUGCCUGUUUGGUCUAAUGGGGUUGUGCCUCUGUCCCCAAGGAAGGGGAGGUCCACUAUACGUGAGCGGAAGCUAAGGGAUAGGCCUAGCCCACUUGGACCAAAUGGGAAGGUAGACAGUGUGUCGCACCUAUCCACAGGUUCAGAGGAUAAUGGCAGUAAGAUUAUCAUGGAGAAUGGGGAUGCAAAUCCAUUUGAUUAUCAGAGACCAAUGCAGCAUCUUCAACCAGUUGCCGAGCUACCUGAACGAGAAAGAGAUGGUGCAGUCAGGCGACCCACAGGAAAACCACAGAUGCUCAGCAAAGAUCCGGCCAACUUAGCAGUUAUGGAAGAUGGGGAAGAGGCGGAACAAUCAAACCGUUCGAGUUUCUCCAGAAGUCCUCUUCUUGCUCCAUUAGGGAUCCCAUUCUGCUCAGCCAGUGUAGGUGGGGCCCGCAAAGCUAUUCCGGUGGGUAGCAGCUGUGAUUUUGUUAGCUAUAAUGACAGUGGGGUCUUGUCUGAUACAGAGACCCUGAGAAACCGUAUGGAGCAGAUUGCUGCAGCACAAGGUGUUGGAGGUGUUUCUACAGAAUGUGCCAAUAUGUUGAAUAAUGUUUUGGAUGUGUACUUAAAGCGAUUGAUCAAAUCUUGUGUUGAGUUGGUGGGAUCAAGGUCUGCUUUAGAGCCAAGAAAGAAUGCUGCACCAAAGCAGCAGAUUCAAGGGAAGGUUAUCAAUGGCAUGUGGCCAAGCAACCACCCGCAUAUGCAGGGCAGCAAUGGGCCCUUGGAAGUUUCACAGGAGCAAAGACCGCAGCGCUCAAUAUCUUUGCUUGAUUUUAAGGUUGCUAUGGAGCUAAAUCCACAGCAACUUGGAGAAGACUGGCCACUGCUGCUGGAGAAGAUCUGUAUGCAGUCAUUUGAGGAAUGAAACAUCAGUAAGAAGAUACCCUUCAUACCAAAGUUGUGGUUGGGUUGGUCUGUUCCAGUUCGAAGUCCUGACAGUGGUUGUUCAAGAUCAGUGAUACAACUAAUCAUACUCACAUUGUCAGGAUGAACCAGAUGGUUCCUAAGUGGGUAAAGUUCCAGUUCUUCCAAGAAGAAAUCAUCUGUUCAAGCAUCAAAUGGCUGUAUUUGCUUGCUGCAGAGCCAGGACCAAUCCAGACCUAACUGCAACCAAUCAAGGGGUGCUUUGAAAUUAAACCCCCAUGUUUGGUUGUUUUGUUGUUGUUUAACAUAGAUGCUGCUGUAUUUGCAAUCACUCAAGAUCUCAAGCUUUCAGUGUAAUUGCAGCCAAGGAAGAGGACAUAUAAGAAAAUUUUGCAGGGAUACUGUUCUGUAGCUCGGUGAGAGGUACAAUUCCUUGUGUAAGAGCUGCAGUAUGCUCUGUAUGUAUUUUUAAAAUCUGAGAAUUGAUUGGCAUUUCAAUAACAAUAACACAUUGACAUCA